GAAUGGGGGGUGGGGAGGGGGCAGAAAACCACAGCAAAUCUGCUCGUAUGUGGAACAUGCGCAUUCGUUCUCUGUAGUUUUUUCGGUAUCGAAAGUGAGCCUGCGCAUUAGGAAAAUGUUGCCCCCGUGAAGCUUGAACCGGGCAGAAACGGCUGGUCCUGGGGUUACCAGUUGCUCGCUUUUUCAAAGGGGUUUGUUUUGUUUUGUUUCUCAGCAUGUCAAUAGUAACAGUGCAGCUUGGUCAGUGUGGCAAUCAGAUUGGUUUUGAAGUGUUUGAUGUUUUAUUUAAUGACUCACACUGUCCUGGAGGACUCUGCUCUAAAAGGGAGAAUGAGGCAUAUCAAGCAUCUUGCAAAGAAAGGUUCUUCAGUGAGGAGGAAAAUGGAGUUCCAGUUGCUCGUGCUGUCCUUGUUGACAUGGAACCUAAGGUUAUCAAUCAAACACUGUCAAAGGCUGCCCGUUCUGGCUGGUGGAAAUAUGGCCAGCAUUCAUGCUUCUGUCAAAAACAAGGUUCCGGAAACAACUGGGCCUAUGGAUACUCUGUUCAUGGACCCAGGCAUAAAGAAUCUAUAAUGAACCUAAUCCAGAAGGAAGUGGAGAAAUGCGAUUCUUUGAGUGGCUUUUUCAUCAUAAUGAGUAUGGCUGGAGGCACCGGAUCCGGGCUAGGAACCUUCGUUACUCAGAACUUACAAGAUCAGUACUCAAGUGCUUUGAAAAUGAAUCAGAUUAUAUGGCCUUAUGGAACUGGUGAGGUUAUUGUUCAGAACUACAACUCCAUUUUGACACUUUCUCACUUGUACCGAUCUUCAGACGCCCUCCUUGUUCAUGAGAAUGAUGCUGUUCAUAAGAUCUGUGCGAAGCUGAUGAAUAUCAAGCAGAUCUCCUUCUGUGAUAUAAAUCAAGUCCUCGCACAUCAGCUGGGAAGUGUGUUCCAGCCUACUUACUCCAGGGAAGGCUCAUUUCACUACAGGAGAAGUCCACUAGGAGACUUAAUGGAGAAUUUAGUUCCCCAUCCAGAAUUCAAGAUGCUGGGUGUUCGUAACAUUCCUCAAAUGUCUGAGAAUUCACUGGCAUACAGCACGUUUACUUGGGCUGGCCUCCUCAAGCAUUUGAGACAGAUGCUCGUUUCUAAUGCGAAAAUGGAAGAAGGUAUUGAUUGGCAGGUUCGGCCACCUUUAUCAGGACUUCCUCCUCUUGGUAAAAUGUCUGUCAACAAAGAGACGCAUUUUAACACUUCCAUCGCUAACUUGGUCAUCCUUCGUGGGAAAGAUGUACACAGUGCGGAUGUGGGAGCAUUUAAAGAUCCAGCUCUCUAUACUUCCUGGUUAGAGCCUCUUCACGCUUUCAAUGUGUGGAAAACCCAGCGAGCCUUUAGGAAAUAUGAGAAGUCUGCAGCCUUGGUCAGCAAUAGCCAGUCCUUAGUAAAACCACUUGAUAUGAUUGUGGGUAAAGCAUGGAAUAUGUUUGCUUCAAGAGCCUACCUUCAUCAGUACACAAAAUUUGGAAUUGAAGAAGAGGAUUUUUUGGACAGUUUCACGUUAUUAGAACAGGUUAUUGCUAGUUACUGCAACCUCUGAUUUUGAACCAAGGGGAAAAAUUACCUUAAGUCAAUUUUGGACUAAAAUACUUGCAAUACUACUUUCUCUAUAAGGUUUUAAAAUUCCAGUCUGCUAAUGCUACAGAGUCAAAUGCUGAUUCCUUCUUCAUACUAUAGCCACAGAAAAGGAGGAAAACCUUUCAUGUUUUCAAUUAAAACAUCUACUUGAUAUUUUCCUUUGUAAGAAAAAAAAUUGGUGCUUCUUUAAAGAACUUUGGGAACACUUUGCUGAGAUGUUACAACUUUGAAACUAUCAGAAAAGGAAACUUCCCUCUUUAUUCCAAAAAGCAUUCAGUAAAUAUGAGCUAAACUUUCGUAGCACAAUUUUAAGUUAAGAAAUUGCAAUUCUGUAUUUAUAUUCAUCUUUGAAAUGAAUGUUUUGGACCACAAGAGGGAGCUGUUGUCAAAUGCUAUGAUGUGAAGGUCUCUGAAUAUUUUAUUCGAUAACAGGGUAAGAUUUUCCACUUUAAGCAGCUAUUUAAAAAUAAAUGUCAGUAUUUUGUUAAUAAAUGUAUCAUGCUUAAGUACAAAAAGUAAAUAAGCAACUGUUUACUUGGUUUGCUUUUCU